ACGUUAUUCGUCAGUGGUUUACCGAUGGAUGCAAAACCGAGGGAGCUAUAUCUUUUAUUUCGGGCUUACAAGGGCUAUGAAGGAUCCCUCUUAAAAGUCACAAGUAAAAACGGUAAAACAUCAUCGCCAGUUGGUUUUGUAACCUUCACUACUAGGGCUGGUGCAGAGGCAGCGAAGCAAGAUCUACAGCAGGGUGUGCGCUUCGAUCCUGACCUUCCCCAGACGAUCCGCCUGGAGUUUGCCAAGAGCAACACAAAGGUUAGCAAACCGAAACAGCAGUCACCUCCUGCCGCUGCUACGCACCCUACACUCCUGCACCCUCUGGCCGGACCAGAAAUCGGAGCGGCGCUCCUGCCAGCCACCCACGAAGGAUGGCCCCACCUGUCCCUCUCCUACGCAGAAGUGCCCGUCUCCACAGCCCUGCACACGGCAGCCCUCAUGCAUCCGGCUCUACAUGCACAACUACCGCCCCCCUUGACGAUGCCUCACCCGUUGUCCCACGCCGCCCUGGCGGGCAGCGCGGCCCUCCACGCGACCUUGCCGCCCCCGCACUUGGUGGCUAGUCCCGCCCUGGCCAGCCCGGUCGGCUCCACCUCGUCUGCAUCGGGAACGUUACCGUGCUCGACGCUCUUCGUCGCCAAUCUCGGACAAUUUGUCUCCGAACAAGAACUUAAAGACCUCUUCGGAAGUUUUCCGGGGUUUUGUCGUUUGCGUAUGCAUAAUAAAGGAGGUGCUCCUGUUGCUUUUGUUGAGUAUCAGGAUAUUCGCCUUGCAACACACGCUCUUCAGGCGCUGCAAGGCUAUGUCCUGUUCUCCUCAGACAGAGGGGGCAUACGAAUAGAAUACGCCAAGAACAAAAUGGGUGAGGUCAACUGCCAGAUGGGCAACUCUCUGCUUACCCAAAAUGGGAACUGCAUACAAACAAAUGGAGUCAAUUGAAGGUACUAUUGAGUAUUAGGAAAAGGCAAUUUUUCACAGAUUCUUCGAAUCUGCAAAGUGGAGAUUAAAACAGGAAUAUUUAUAAAUUAAGUUUAAAUCAAUUUUUGGUAUUUUUUUAUACUUUUCGUUCGUUGUUUAUGUCAUUUUCGUUUACGAAGCAGA